AUGUUGAUCAAGAAGGCCUUCCCAUGCACGCGACAAUGCUCGCCUGCGGACAAGCGAUGGCUCCGCUCAUACACGAGGGGCCACCUCCACGCGGUCUGGGGUCUCCAAACACCAUGGCGUCAUGGAGUAAUCCGGAGUCAAAGGAUCUUCACCGCUGCUUUCGUCAUGCUGUCCAGUGAGAAACAAAGACAGAACCUAAAAGGAACCAUUAACGAUUGCAUGCGGAGACUCCGCGUUUUCAGUCUUCCAGAACCAGCGUCAACGCGGAGAAGCGUUCUUGAGCCCGCGUGGGUGGUGCGGGUGAGCGCCGACCCCGCCGUCUAA